UGCUGCCCCCUCCUGGUGACAUCCAGGUCCUGUUGCUGACAUUAGAUUCAGUGUCUCUGAGCUGGGGUUCUCCUCAGGGGCUGACAGGACCACAGACAUUCAGAGUGACCUGGGGGUGUGACGGAGAAACAAGGUCAACAAGAGUGAAAGGUGGGCAUCAUCUUGAAAUAAGCAGUCUCCAACCUGGUAAAAAGUACCAGUUCAACGUGGCUACAGAGGGAGAAGAUGGAAGCCAAAGCAGAUGUGUCUCAGCAUCCUUAUCCACAGAAUUUUCAAGAUAG